AUGGCUGCACGUUCUUUGGAUAGAAAACGAAAAGCUCUUGCACUUGAAAAUUCUGUUGAGCACUCUUUCUCAAAUGAACCUGCUGAUUUUGGUGUGCAAACAAUUGGUCAGCUGGUAAGGCGAUCAAGCAUGUUGCGGGCUGCCGCCAAUCAACGUUCUAUACAAUCUCUAACUUCUGUCCAGCCUGAUAUGGAACAGUAUGAGGGUCCAUCAGCAUCAUCAUUUGCUUUGCAGUUGCCUGGCCCUUCAUACGUUGAUUUGGGAGAUUGUAUAAACGAAUGCGAAUACUGUGGCGCAUUCUUCUGGUUCGAAGAACGGCUGAAAUCAUCUCCUCUUAAACAAAGGCCUAGAUAUAACACGUGUUGCAAAGCAGGCAGUGUACGCAUUCCUUUUCCAGUUGAGCCACCAUCAUGUAUCAAAGAAUUGUAUUCUAGCUCGCAAUUCAUGGUAAACAUACGUGCGUAUAAUUCCAUGUUUUCCAUGACAUCAUUUGGUGCCGACGUUGAUGAUACAAUUAACCAUUCUGCUGGUCCAUUUGUUUUUAAGGUUUCUGGCCAAAUUUCACAUUGGAUUGGCUCUUUAUGCGCUUCAGCGGGUGAGAAACCUAGGUUCCUUCAAAUGUAUGUCUAUGAUACACUGCACGAAGUUGAAAAUAGACUUCGUUUUUUUAAUAGUGAUGAUCAACGUCGAUUGUCCCCAGAUGUUGUCUCACUUCUUACGUGUACAUUAGCCGAAACCAAUGAGUUUGUACGCCUUUUUAAGAGUGCGGCUGACCUUUGCUCGCAACAACAAGUACCUGAGUUUGCGAUUACCCUUUAUAACAAGUCUAAACAAAACAUUUACGGGUUACCCGUUGCGGGUACUCUUGGUGCUAUUGUACGAGACAAUGACCCUUUAGCAAGUGACUAUGAUAUCGUGGUACAUAGUAAAGAUGGCAGAGCAAAGCGUGUAAGCAAGUUGCAUUCAUCAUAUAUGCCUCUUCAGUACCCGCUUCUUUUCCCUUAUGCGGAACCAGGCUGGUCUCCAGAACUUCAAUUGACUCUGAAUUCUCGGGCUAAAGAUCGAAACCUUACCAUGAAUAUGUUUUAUGCUUAUCAGAUCCACGAUCGUAAGGAUACAUACACGUUGUUAUUAAACGCAGGUCGUCUCUUUCAACAAUAUUUGGUCGACGCAUAUGUGUGCAUAGAGCAAUGUCGGCUUGAAUAUAUUCGUGCCAAUCAAAAUAAAUUCCGUUCUGAAUUCUUGCGUGGUAUCCACGAUGCCUUCUCGAAAGGUGAUACCGAGGGCCGUGAGGUUGGAAAAAGAAUAAUCCUACCGUCUCCUUUUACCGGUGGCCCUCGAUAUAUGUAUAAGCAUUAUCAAGAUGCUCUUGCAAUCUGUAGGGUACAUGGUAACCCACAAUAUUUCAUAACUUUUACAUGUAGCGUCAAAUGGCCAGAAAUCAAGCGUUACUUGAAUAGAAUUGGUGGCGCAAACUCACAAGAUAGACCGGACAUUAUUGCUAGAGUGUUUCAAAUGAAGGUUGAAGCUUUAGUCAAGUUUUUGAAGACACACGAGACAUUUGGGAAAGUUGCAGCUGAUUUAUACACAAUCAAAUUUCAAAAAAGAGGCCUUCCACAUUGUCAUAUGCUUCUUUGGGUUACGCCGGAAUGCAAGAUACAAAAUGCAGAGGAUGUUGAUAACUUCAUUAGCGCUGAAAUUCCUAACCCGACAACAGAUCCAGUUUUGUAUCGAAUAGUAACAGAAUCUAUGAUGCAUGGACCUUGCGGUUUGCCAAAAAUGAAUGCUCCCUGCAUGAUAGAUGGUAAAUGUUCUAAGUUAUUCCCAAAAGCCUAUGAACAUGUUACUAGAUUUGUCGACCAAGGUUACAUGCAUUACAAAAGAUCGCCGAAUGGCAUUCAAGUAGAUAAAGGCGGGGUACCACUUGACAAUGGAUAUGUCGUUCCUUACAAUAGAAUUUUGUGUUUACGUUUCGAAGCCCACAUUAAUGUUGAAUAUUGUGGAUGGAGUAUGCUUAUCAAGUAUCUUUUCAAGUACAUCUCCAAAGGUGCAGAUCGUGUGCGUUAUGCUGUCACAAGGACCGCUGAAUCUUCAUCACAAUCUGACACUAAUGUUGUUGAAAACAUUAAUGAGAUCAAUAACUUUGUCGAUGGGAGAUUCAUAUGUCCUCACGAGGCAGCAUGGCGAAUACUACAAUUCUCACUCCACAACAGAAACCCACCAGUACAAUUGUUGGCUGUACACCUCGAGCACAUGCAGAAUGUUACUUUUAAAGACAAUCAAAAACUGCAACAAAUACUAACCAAUCCAGCAACAAGUAAGACAACCUUGACUGAAUGGUUGAGAAAUAAUCAAUUAGACCCUAGCGGUAGAGAUCUGAGAUACAUUGACUAUGUGUCCAGAUAUAGGUGGGAACCUUCUGGAAAGGGGUGGAUCCGAAGAUUGUUAACAACAAAUCCAACGAUUGGGCGAUUAGCAUAUAUUCAUCCUACAUGUGGCGAGCCUUUCUAUUUGAGAUUGUUGCUUGGCCACCAAACUGGUUGUUGCUCCUUUGAGGAUAUUUGA